AUGCUGGCAGCACGCUUCUCCAGAGCCCUUCCCCGGGCAACCUCAGCAGCCUCGCGCUCUGCAGGCAUGAUGAGCGCAAAGACCUUCCGUCCAGCCUUUGCCCGCUUCGAGUCCACCUCUUCGGACGAGAAGGUCAAGGGCUCUGUCAUCGGCAUUGAUCUCGGUACGACAAACUCGGCUGUGGCCAUCAUGGAGGGCAAGAUUCCCAAGAUCAUCGAGAACUCCGAAGGUGCGCGGACGACGCCGUCGGUUGUUGCCUUUACCGAGGAGGGCGAGAAGCUUGUCGGUGUUGCCGCCAAGCGUCAGGCUGUGGUCAACCCCGAGAACACCCUGUUCGCCACCAAGCGGUUGAUUGGCCGCAAGUUCACCGACGCUGAGGUGCAGCGUGAUAUCAAGGAGGUGCCCUACAAGAUUGUGCAGCACACCAACGGUGACGCCUGGGUUUCGUCCCGCGGCAAGAACUACUCGCCGUCGCAGGUCGGUGGCUUUGUCCUCCAGAAGAUGAAGGAGACGGCCGAGGCGUACCUCAGCCGCCCGGUCAAGAACGCCGUCGUCACGGUCCCGGCCUACUUCAAUGACUCCCAGCGCCAGGCCACCAAGGAUGCUGGUCAGAUCGCCGGCCUGAACGUGCUCCGUGUCGUCAACGAGCCUACGGCUGCUGCUCUUGCCUACGGUCUUGAGAAGGAGGCUGACCGGAUCAUCGCCGUGUACGACCUUGGUGGUGGUACCUUUGAUAUCUCGGUCCUGGAGAUCCAGAACGGUGUGUUCGAGGUGAAGUCGACCAACGGCGACACCCACCUGGGUGGUGAGGAUUUUGAUAUUCACCUGGUCCGCCACAUUGUCGAGCAGUUUAAGAAGGACUCUAGCAUUGACCUGUCGGGUGACCGCAUGGCCAUCCAGCGCAUCCGCGAGGCUGCCGAGAAGGCCAAGAUCGAGCUGUCGUCUUCGCUGCAGACGGACAUCAACCUGCCCUUCAUCACGGCCGAUGCUUCCGGCCCCAAGCACAUCAACACCAAGCUGACGCGUGCGCAGCUGGAGAAGCUGGUCGACCCGCUCAUCACCAAGACGAUUGAGCCGGUGCGCAAGGCGCUGAAGGAUGCCAACCUGCAGGCGAAGGAGAUCCAGGAGGUGAUCCUGGUCGGUGGCAUGACCCGUAUGCCCAAGGUGUCGGAGUCGGUCAAGAACAUUUUCGGCCGCGACCCGGCCAAGUCGGUGAACCCCGACGAGGCUGUCGCGAUCGGUGCGGCCAUCCAGGGUGCAGUGCUGUCGGGUGAGGUCAAGGACCUGCUUCUGCUGGACGUGACGCCGCUGUCUCUGGGUAUUGAGACGCUCGGCGGCGUGUUUACGCGCCUGAUCAACCGCAACACGACGAUCCCGACGAAGAAGUCGCAGGUGUUCUCGACCGCGGCAGACUUCCAGACGGCGGUGGAGAUCAAGGUGUUCCAGGGCGAGCGCGAGCUGGUCAAGGACAACAAGCUGCUGGGCAACUUCCAGCUGGUGGGCAUCCCGCCGGCGCACCGCGGCGUGCCGCAGAUCGAGGUGACGUUUGACAUUGAUGCGGACUCGAUUGUGCACGUACACGCCAAGGACAAGUCGACGAACAAGGACCAGUCGAUCACGAUCGCGUCAGGCUCGGGUCUGUCGGACUCGGAGAUCCAGCGGAUGGUGGAUGAGUCGGAGAAGUUUGCCGAGCAGGACAAGGCGCGCAAGGACGCGAUCGAGGCGUCGAACCGGGCGGACAGCAUCCUGACGGACACGGAGAAGGCGCUGACGGACCACGCGGACAAGCUGGACAAGACGGAGACGGACGCGCUGCGCGAGAAGAUCACGGCGCUGCGCGAGUUCAUCUCCAAGAGCCAGUCGGGCGAGGGCAACGCGACGGCCGAGGAGAUCAAGGAGAAGGUCGACGAGCUGCAGAACGCCAGCCUGAACCUGCUGGACAAGGUUCACCGCGCGCGUGGCGAGGAGAACACGACGCAGGAGAGCCAGCCGGCCGAGGACGACAAGAAGGACAAGCCAUGA